AAAGCCACUGAACGUUGAUGAAACGUUUCCAUACCAUAAGUAAAGCCAAAUAUAUCGUAGAAUGUUGCUAAAGGUAUUGCUUCGUAGGGCUGCUGCGAUCUUUCGGUCUCUACUUAUACCUAAUUACUUAUGUAAAGACAACCACUGUUAUUACUGCGUGUGUACUGACAAAGCAAGAAGUUGUACGACGUGAAACCUUUAUGGUUCUAAUUUUGCACGAAAGGCACCCGAUCGCGUUUAACACACACUCCCUUAUGGACGCAUUGUGUGCAUUUCAAUGAAAGAAACCCAAGGACAUUUGCGAUGAAGAAAAGACAGCCAUAUACUGUACGUUCGACAUUGUGCGCCAUAAAUCCACCGGCAUACUGCUUCCCUGGCAAAUCGACCAUUAUUACAGCUGACACAUUACUAAACUUCUACUUUUCUUUUUCCACGAUGCCAGCCACUCGGUGUAUCGUGCGCAUUCAUUAUGCACGGGCUAUGUCUCGUUUUUUGUUUUUAAUUGCGUGAACUGGUUUUGUUGCUUCCCAACACGGUUGCCGAUCCUCCCUUCGCCCUCCUCAACUAUGCAUACCUGUCUCGGCAAACAUAAAUUAUAAACUUUUUGUCUCGUACAUUUGUUGUAAAUGUGUGAUAAAGUUUUCAUCAUCUGUAGCGGAGGAGGGGGUCGCAUCGAGUGGCACCUCGGGAGUUUGUUUUCUUGCGCGCAAGUACGUGAACACAUUUUCUCUUUUUCGUCGAUACGUUAUGUUCAACCCAUUGUUCGUAGUGACGUACCGUUCGUUUGUCUUUUUAUCACACACUUUAAUCGACCCUCGCGCUCACUUCUGAUCGUUCUUAGUGUGUUUGAACUCUGACAAACCUGACCCACCUCUCAAUAUGCAGCAGCGUGGUUGUAUAUGUAACACUGGAUUCAUCUACAACAUUUGCUCAUCUGCCAGUCCGUAUCGCGCCGACUAAAUCGAGUUACUGCGGAACUGGAAGGCAUGAAGGUAAUGAAAAUUACACGUACUCAUCUCCUCGCAUAUUACGCUGCAGUGACAUUUGCCCUACACUAUGCGUCUGCUGUGGAGGAUACGAACUGUAAAUAUGAAGAAGGAGGGGGCGUCCCUCCAGCUAACGUAGAUGUGUCUGGAAAAGGCUGGGACGAAUAUGUAGUCAAUCAAACUCUCCGCUUAAUGGAAUUCGCCAAGGAGGUGCAGAACGCGCCGCCUCAUUGGAGUGCCACUUUGAUAGCUGCUUUGGAGAAAACGAAAGGAGGCAAAUGCUCACGAGGACCUGGGUUGCAACUCCAAAAGCUAAAGGAAAGUUUCCAGUCAGUAAACGCCAUUUCAUGGUUCGACUUGACGAAGCAUAAUCUGGAAGAUAUGAAGGCGUUGCUCAAUGCAAAGCUUGGAAGGUUUCCCUGCUACAAGGGUGUCGCAUGUUUCAACCCGAAAAAGAAAAUGAGCCUCGAGAUUGCUGGGCCCGACUCUCCCGAAGAAAUCGGCACCAAAAUAACCUUCUUCGGAAAAGGCGCACGUAAAGGAGUGGUCGUAAGCGACGCGACUUGGCCGAACGUGAUGGAGAAGAGGCGUUGGAAUGUGAGAAGGCCGCUCGUCGCAAUUAUACACGGCUUUACCGAGGAUGGCCAGAGGCCCUGGGUCAUCUCCCUGAAGGACAGCCUCGUGAGAUACGCUCGCUCUAACGUACUCAUUGUCGAUUGGAAUAAAGGCGCCACGUACCCUUACUACUUAAGGGCUGCAAGAAACACGCCUGUGCCAGGUGUUCAGCUCUCGCUGCUUAUUCAAAAGAUCAUACACUCGUCAAAGCAUCGUCUGUCGCCGAACAGUGUUCACGUCGUGGGGUUCAGCCUGGGUGCACAAGUUGCUGGCUUCUGCGGCCGGCAUUUUCACCGUGCCUUCAAUACGAAGCUUGGGCGUAUCACAGGUUUGGAUCCCGCCGGGCCUUUGUUCGAAAACAGCAUGACAUGCAUAUCAAAAAGUGAUGCACAAUUUGUUGAUGCGAUACACGUGAACGCGGGCGAAUAUUACCAGUUUCGCUAUGGAGUGAACAAAUCCGUCGGCCACGUUGACUUUUACCCUAAUGGCGGCUCAGACCAACCAGGGUGUCCUACAGCUUACUGGGCAAGGUUCGAUGCUUGCAGUCACGACAGGGCUCCACCGCUCUUCAUUGAAUCUCUUACAAACCAGAGGUGUACUUUCAAGUCACUGAAGUGCAAACGUGGAUGGCCGGCGUACCUGAGCGGCCACUGUCAAAAGCGCAGGAAGGUUUAUGACGGCGAAAUGGGCUAUCGCAGCCUUCUGAAGAAAGGAAGAGGAAACCAGUAUUUGAAGACCAGGGCGAAUUCACCUUACUGCAUAUCGUUGUUCGAUUCCAAUAUGAAUUUUACACGAAUUCUAAUAAAGGAUGCAUGGAAGUAAUAUCGGGUUCAAUCUCUCAUACAAACAG